AUGAAUCCCUAUGGAGAUCCAAACCUGAACUCUGGCUUCCAAAGUCCACCUCCACAUUCAGCCCCUGGCCCCUGUGAUAGUUCCCAUAAUCCAUCUCUCUCCAGUUUACCAUCUCCUCCACUCAUCCAGACAGGUCAUACCUCUCUGACGGUUUUGAGCCGUACCUCCCCUCAGACCUCGUCAGACCACGAUGGAGGUCAAAACCUGGUCCGAUCACCGAACUCGGACCACUCCGCCUCGCCGCUUCCAGCCUCAGAUCCAGGCUUCAGCCUCCCAUCCAGGCCUCAGUCCGGCCCGGCUCCAGUCUCGCCGCAGAUACAGGCUCCAUCUGUUCCCACACUAAACCCUUACCCCGCCCCCGCCACGCCCCCGUCCUACCAGGUCUCCGUCAUCAUCCCAUCCCCAGACCUCCGCCCGUCCCCACUCCCGUCUCAGUGCUCCGAGGACACCUGCCCGGACCUGGAGUGCGCCAUCUGCUUCAGCCAGUUCAACAACGUCUUCCGCUGUCCCAAGAUGCUUCACUGCAAGCACACGUUCUGCCUGGAGUGCCUGGCGCGCAUCAACGUCAAGUCGGCCCAGCCCAGCGCCAUCCAGUGCCCGCUGUGCCGCAGCCUCACGCCCCUGCCCGCCCUCGGCCUGCCCAAACUGACCACGGACCCGGACGUGCUGUCCUUCCUGCCGGCCGCCAUGCAGAGGGUCUACAGCAUCCGCUUCCUCCGCAGUAAAGGGAAGCUGGAGGUCAAGAGGUCAUCUGAAAGUCCUCGGAGGUGGGGUCAGAGGUCGCUGACAUCUCUGAGGUCAGUGAACCGCUCUCUGGACGUGGGGCUUCCCAGCCCGCCCGUGGGGGGCCGUGGCGAGGCGGGGGGCGUGGGCGUGGGCGGCGCUCUGUUCAGACUGACCGGCCGGCCGGCGUGCCGAGCCUUCCUCCUGACAGCCGUGGUGAUGAUGAUGAGUUCCACUUCCUGCCAUCGUGUGUUUCCCGCUCCUGUGAUUGUCGACCCCGCCCCCUAA